CCACAGCAGGCUCAAGGUUCAGGAUGAAGCCUACAAUUGUGACAUGUCGGAGUCAUAUGCUGUGCAACAUAGUAUGAGAGCAGCAGAGCCCAGAAUAGCGAUGCAGAAAGUUGCGGCAAUCAGACAUAAAACAAGAUGAGCAUUACAGUAAUGCGAGUUCACGCCGAUGGUCGACAAGGGGCUUAAUAUGUUGGAUCCUGGAGUGUGUUCCGACUCAAAGUCGGGUUCAUUUUUAUGCUUCCCGAAAGGGAAAUUUGAAGUACCGGCAGCCCGGAUCACGAUCGGUGCACAGCCGAGAUUACGAUCUGUACAACUACGUAGAAGUCCAAACCCAUGUAUGUACUGAACACAUUCAUCUACAAAACGCGUCGAGAUAUCAUCCUACGAAAUGGUUCCAUGGAAUGCAGCUAAAGCGAAGGUUCAACUUCGGCGUCCAACGCUUGCGUACUCUACAGGAGAAGAAAGGUGCACAGGCUAAGGCCUCCAGGCGCGACAUCGCUUCGCUACUCGAGAAAGGUCGGCUUGAAACCGCAAGAAUCAAGGUAGAGAACAUAAUCAACGAAGACAUCUAUGUUGAACUAUUGGAAUUACUCGAGCUCUACUGUGAGCUUCUCAUCGCUCGAUUUGGUCUCCUAGACCAGCCAACACGAGAGCCGGACCCCGGAGUCGCAGAAGGCGUAUACGCGAUUAUAUACGCAGCACCUCGGACAGAGCUGAAAGAACUCCAUGUACUCCGCGACCUCCUCAUGCAUAAGUUUGGCCGUGAAUUCUCUGCAGCGGUAAUGGAAAAUCGGGAUGGGUGCGUUAGUGAACGUAUCACCAGGAAACUGACUGUCCUCAUGCCAUCUUCCGAAUUGGUCGACGCGUAUCUCUCUGAGAUAGCCAAAGGCUAUGGAAUCGACUGGACUCCGCGCGUUCCAGAACCACCCAAAUACGAAGUUGACGAACUGCAGGAUGAUGACGAUGGAGAGGGAGGCGUGAAGGUAAGUCUGACCUAUCUCCUCAACCCUUUCGCUUCCCCCCAACCCCUCAUUGAAAACUUGACAAUCUUUUCUUUGUUACGAAAACAGGAGCCUGAGAAGAAGUCCUUAGAAACCAGCGUACCAGUCAAAGCGGAUGUCAUCUCUGCAGAGGCGCGCAGUGCUGGGAUUCGAACGCCCAAGCUGCCAGAUGUGCCGCCAACAGUUGAAUCGUCUAGGCCUUCUUCUGCCGCUGCGGGUGCCACGAUUGCGUCAGAUGCAAAAGCUUCCAAGUCUCAGCCUUCGCCACCCGAGGACGACUUUGAAGCAUUGGCGAAACGAUUUGAGGCGUUGAAGAGACGAUAGCGAAUGGGAAGUGGGGAUUAAGACGAUGAUGGGGAUGUAUGACCUACCUGAGUUGUUCGUUGUAUUAUAAUGUAUUGUAGGAGAAACAAUUCGAAGAAUGUAUCAUUACCAUUAUCUCUUCCUCAACAGACAACAACAGGCCCGCUGGGACGUUGGGUGAUCAUCCGCUUUACGAGCACUCCCUACUGAUUCUAUUCGCCUCACAUUCUCGCCACUCCAAUGGCCAAAGCAAAUCUAGUCAGAUAUGUUGACAUGCGAAGUUGCAGCAACCCGAGGGUGUGAGAACACUCUCCACGCUUAGCUCAACACACACAUGGGCGGGCGACCUCGGCUCGUCAGCACGUCGCUAGAAUGCCUUACCCCCACCUUCCAAUGCUCACACGCCCGCCGUGUCGCGUAAAAGAAUCUAAGUUUGUUGACAAUUAAUGAAUUGCUCGAGGCGCAUCCA